AUGCCGGAGGGUGUGACGAAGAUUGUAAAGCCAAAAGGAAGGACUCCCACUGAUUUGGAGAAGCAAGUUUCUAAUGCUCUUGCGGAUUUGGAAGCAACUUCAGAUAUUAAGGCUUCGCUUAAGGAACUAUUUAUAGUGGGAGCGAAAGAAAUCGAGUUAGGAAGUAGGAAGAGCCUUAUUAUAUUUGUUCCUGUACCCCAAUUAAGACAGUUUCAAAAGAUCCAGCCACGUUUAGUCCGAGAGCUUGAGAAGAAGUUCAGUGGUACACAUGUAGUGUUUAUUGCUAAGCGACGUAUUAUACCAAAGCCUAAAAGGGGAAAAAACAGAAGACCGCUCAAACAGAAGCGCCCAAGAUCUCGGACCCUCACAGCAGUUCAUGAUGCCAUGUUAGCAGACCUCGUUUUCCCUGCUGAAGUUGUAGGCCGUCGGAUAAGAGUCAAACUUGAUGGCAAAAGGAUUAUGAAAGUUCAUUUGGACAAGAAUCAGCAAACCAAUGUUGAACAUAAAGUCGAUACUUUUGCCUCUGUGUAUAAACAUUUAACAGGAAAAGAAGUAACAUUCGAGUUUCCGGAACCACUGUUCUAA